AUGACACACCACGUGCCUCUGCAGCAACCGGAGCUGCGGGAAGAGUUGAAGUGGCAAAAGACGAAGCAUCGUCUGCCGCAAGAGGCUGUGCAUCUUCAAGAGCAGCUGCGUACACACGCGCAGUUGACUUUUCAGCAGCUUCCGCUGCGCAUCGCGAAGACUUAA